AUGGUUGCCUCUGCAUUUUAUAUAGCUGAAACUUUGCAAUUGGAUAAUCAAUUUGAAUGGUUUCAAUCCAUUAUCAAGGCAGGUAAAAUAAUGGGCACUUUCUCUCAAUCUACCAAAUUAUUAUGGGCUAAAGUUCUCUAUCACCAAUUGGAUCGACACCUCACAACUCAAUAGAUGAGUGGAGUGCCAGAACCUAUUUAACAAUACUUCAUCUACAACGAGGAAUUGUGUUAAGUGCUUAUUCUCAAGGCUCAACAAUUGACCUUUGUAGGCGAUGAUCUAGAAUAUUGUCAUUUGAUUGUUGCAUCCCAAAGGCUAAUCUACGGAUCUAUUAUUAAAUUGUACAAGGAUGCCAUCGUAGCCAAGAAAUGCCCAUUUUUAGAUAUCCUAUGCAUUCUGUGUGACACUUACAUCCAAAGUCUUGUAGCAUUUGCAAUGUCACCCACCUUCUCCUAUGAUACUCUAAAUCAGAACCAAUAAAACUUAAUUAAUGAAAUCAUCAAAUUAUUAGCAAUUACAUGUAAGAGCAUUUCAGUCUAUCACAUCUUUGCUGAAUACAGGAUGGCCAUUUUUGUUGACAUCAUUCUACCCUUCUUUUCAUCAACUCAAAAGGAAAUGAGUGAUCUCAAUGAAGAUCCUAAUGAAUUUGUUCAAUUAACUUAGGAUCUACUGGAUGAGCAAAAAUCUGAUAUCAUUAAGUCCUCUGUCGCUCAGUUAAUUAUCGCUUAUUGUGAUCAUAUUGACGGGUCUGUAUCCUUCUUUACCUCCUUUUCAACUCUAGCUGCAACCUACUGUGUUUAAAAACUACAAAACGCAGAAUUAAAAGAGUAGUUAGGAUUAAUAAUGGAAUUCAAGGAACAUUACUUUUUAAAGUCCAUGAAUGUUAAUGUUCUACUAGAAACUUCAUUGCUAAUCUUAUCAAUUUUGAGUAAUUAUCUAGUCUAUCGAAAUGAAGUCGGAUUAAUAUUCAAAUCUUUUAUUACUUAAUAUGGCGAUUACUUAUUGAAUUAUUCGAUACCUCUUGUUAAGGCCAGACUUUGUACAUAUAUUGGGGCAUUUUGCAAGUCAAUUCUGCAUGAAAAGGAAGAACUCUCUUAAUAACUACUUAAUUUCUUGAUGAAUUAAAUCAAAUCCUCAAAAAAUGAAUUAUACGCUAAUUGCUAUUGUGCGAUAGAGGCUAUCAAAAAUAUUAUCGAAGAACCAAAUUUAGAAAAACUAUUGGAACCAAUCAUAGGAUAGAUCCUGAUAGCUCUCUGCGAAUCUUUAUUGUAAAGUGAUUUUGAAGAUCACUUCGAUACUAUCAAACAAGUUUUCAAAACAUUUUCAUUAGAUCCAUCAGUAUUAGAUUAAGCCUUGGGACUAAUAGUUUUGAAAAUCUAAUAAGAGUAAGAAUUGGUGGAGUAGGGAUAGACUGAGAGACAAAUUUGUAUCAAUUAAACUUGGAAUAUACUUAAAUCACUACCUGAAAUUGAUAGGAUAAUUCCAAUUCAUUUUAAUCUAUUAGAAAAAAGAGUUGCCGUUCUCUACAAAUACAUCAUAAACCCAAAUGUAAUUGAUUUUGAUGAGGACAUUGUGUACUUUAUAUCAUAGCUAAUUAAUAAAACUAAAUUUAUCAGUGACUAUUAAGCUGAGAUGCUUACGUAAUGUAACAAAGUAAUUGAGAAAUAAAGAUACACUCUUGGAUAGUUGUUUGAACUUUUUAAUUAUUACAUUUAUUAUGGUAGAACCUUAUUUUAAAAUGCUAAAGCCUAAGAAUUUUUGAUUUAAAUGUUGGAGGCUGUUUUUAAUAAUCCAUAGAAUGGGGAAGCCUCUCAAGGAGAAGCCAUCGUGCUUUUACACUUACUUCUUCAAGAGUAUCCAUUAUAAAAAGAUGUGUUAACAUAUAUCUACACAAAAAUUUUAUAAAGAUCAUAAUUGGAAGUAAAAAAUGAUUUCCUGAGAGCUCGAUUGAUGGGAAUAUACAUUUCAGGAUUUAUUUAAAAUUGCGCUUAAACUUUAGCAUGGAUUGAAUCAUAAUAGGGAUUCAUUUAUGAUCAUAUCAUUGAUUCAAGCAAACAUUGUUAACCUGAUUAUGACAGUCAACUCUAUAUUGUAGGAUUUUGUCAACUGUUACUCAAGAAUCCUAAGUAUUUGAAUUUACCUUUGCUGACAAAUUUUGUAACUGUCUUAAAAAGAUAGUACAACAACGACAUAAAAAAGGCUAAGGAGGACAAUAAUGACAAUGAGGAAAUGUUUGCUUUCAAUGAUGAAUUAGAGGAUGCAAAAAUAACCAUGGAAACAUUCUUGUGCAAUAUCUAAAAGCAUAAUGAAUUUGAUAUGUUUCAUCUUACUUAUUAGCAUUUGAGAAAAACUAUAAAUAUACCAGAGUUGAUAUCAAAUGAUCCUAUUUUGAAAAAAGACCUUGAUGAGAUAUUGAAAAUUAGUAAAAUUAAUUCAGAUGCUAGAAUUAUUUUAAAAUUGAAAAAGAGAAAAGAAACAUGA